CUCAACAUGCAAUGCCACUUUGAUGGAACUCUGCUGAUCAGAGUCCUCCCUCCACUGUUGGUGACAGAGAUCAUUCUGGGGAUCCUCGGCAAUGGUCUGGCCCUCUGGAUCUUCUGCCUCCACUUGAAGCCCUGGAAGAGCAGCACGGUGUUGCUCUUCAGCCUGGCGAUGGCCGACUUUCUGCUCAUCAUGGCUCUGCCGUUCCGUGCCACCUACUACAUGUCCGGGCUCAACUGGAUCUUUGGAGAGGCCUUCUGCAACAUCUGCCUGUUCAUGCUGGCAAUGAAUCGCAGUGGAAGUAUCUUCUUCUUGAUGGCCAUCGCUGUGGACAGGUACAUGCGUGUUGUGCAUCCCCAUCAUGCCAUCAACUCUUUGAGUGUCUUCAAAGCCUUUCUCGGAUCACUUGCAAUCUGGAUAGUCACCAUUGCAAUGACCUCUCACAUCUUCAUGUCAAAACAUUUCAUCCCAUCUUCCAAACAUGCCAACAGGACGUACUGUGAAAGCUUCAUGGUGGAGGCCGACCCCCACCACAAUGUGAACUGGCACAAGUUUGAGUUUCUCUUUUCCUUCUAUUUGCCGUUGAUUGUGAUUCUCUACUGCACCUUCCACAUUAUCAGCCACCUCAGAGGCAGACAGCUGGCCCAGCAUGCAAAGAUCAAGAAGGCUCUGUGUUUCAUUACAGUGGUGGUGGUGCUCUUCAUCACCUGCUUCCUGCCGAGCAACAUCGUGCAGCUGGUGAUUUGGUUCAAGACCAGUGAGGUUGCCAGCACCCGCCCCAAAUCUGAAGUCUGUGACGCCUUGGAGGACCUGACCUGUGGAUUCUACAUCUCCAUCAGUCUGACCUAUCUCAACAGCGUGCUGGACCCCGUGGUCUACUACUUCUCCAUCCCUGCCUUCAAGAACAUCUGCCGCAAAGCACUUUGCCUGCCCGAAGCAGAGCAUACUGAAAGCACAGGGAGAAAAACUCGAGAAACCGGCUCCCAGUCGCUCAGCCAGCUGUGAUCACGCAGAAAAGAAGGAAAUAACGAAGAACUGCAACAACUAAAGGUUUUCACCAAAGGUCAAGCCUUUCUCUGUAAGUUGUCCUGCGACUGCAACAGACAACAAAAUGUUACUUUUAAUUCUUAUAUUUAUCAAGUACAUAUUGA